AUGUUGCAGGUAUGGUUCCAGAACCGGCGCGCGAAGUUUCGCAAGCAGGAGAGACUGGCCCAGCAGAAGUCCACGUCGCAGAGCGGCAUCGGGGCCGACAGCGGCGCGUCCAGCCCCGUGACCGGCACCGUGAAGGCGGAGGGACGCUCGCCGAGGAGUCCGGCGACGCCACCCGGCGGCUCGAACAGCGUGCUGUCGUCGAACGAGAUCAAGCCGAUGGCCAACCAGAGCCUGGUGAACGUGAAGCACACCGCGGACGGCACCGGCGACGGCUCGCCCAACGCCCGGGGUAGCAGCGGCGGCGGCGGCGGUGCCUGGGGCUCCUGCAGUCCCAGGCCCUUCUCGGCGGCCCUGCCGCCCUACCUGUUAGACCCGCUGCCGCUGAAAACCGCGAACCUCUACUAAACCGUCUCUCCCGUUACCGGUCCGGCGAAGAGUGUAAAUACAGAGAGCCGCCCGCUCGUCGAUACGGAGAUGACGCGCCGUUCAGGUUCAGGAAGGCGUCCAGGUUUUUUUCGCGGGCUUCGGUUCGCCGUCGCACGCGAAAUUCAUCCGUAUCGCGCGGUAUAUUUAAGGACUCCGGUAAGACGCGCCGCUCACAUAUUUUUGACAAAGAUACAUUUAGGCAAGUCGGGAGAACGGGCAGAAGGGUGUGUCAGCUUGCUCGGAGGUAGCCGUCUGUUGAGAUACAUUCCGAAAUUUGUGUGCACACACAAGACAGUGCGUUAAAUGCCAAUCAUUGAAAAAUUAAGAGUCGAGGUGAAUGUAACUUAGUGAAUUUCGAUUGUGGUAUCAUUGUGCAGAGAUUUAGAAGCCAAUCGGAUAUCGUCUCUUAAGUUUUGACAGAGAAAUGAUUCUUAACAUCAAAUAUUUUUUAGCAGUAUAUUAUAAAGCGUGUUAUUCGUUCGUUCUGCAUUCCUGUGAUAAGUGUAAAGACAUUUGAGUAACAUAUAUAUUUGAAUAAUAUACAUUUCCUUGAUUUCUUUCCGAUUGCUUUAAUUUACACGUUGAAGUAUUUGUAUAGAUAGAGAAGAAAAGAGAAAGAGAGAGUAGCGUACGUUACAUGUAAAAUAUUGUUUCUGUUGGUAUAAAUACGCUGUAUUAUUUAACAAAAUAAUUUUAAAGAAAAGCAUAACUUGGGAAACGCUGUUUUAAAAGAUCACUAUCCAGAUUGAAAUCGAGACUACUAACCAAAGUAAUUGAAAAGUAAUAUAAAUGGAUUUAAACUCGUAUCAGAUUCACAUUCCGACUGAUAUCGAAGAGUUUGUACAAGCGUUUGCUCUAAACGACAACUUUAAUGUUCCCGAGAAAUAAGAGUAAAACAGAAUUAUAGACUCUCUUAUAUUGACUCAUUCAAUAUGUUAAAAUUCUAACUAAUUCUAUAUUUGUUAAGAUUAAA